AUGCUGCGAGUUCUCGCGUUGCAUGGCAAGCUCCCGGCCCUGUGGGGAGGCAACCAGAGUGCCGUCGAGGUGCUUGCCAAAUUUUGGCGUCGAUUCCGCCAGCUGCACCCGUCGCACGCCAUCUACACAUACCACAAGAAUCGGUUACAUCAGGUGCUACCUCUGAUGCUGCAUGCUGAUGAAGGGGAGACGUUGAAAAAGGCAGGCCUCAUGGUGAUUUCGUGGCAAUCACCUCAGCUCUUCGAGCAAGGGCUGCGGCUUGACUUUCCAGAUGGCAAGCAUCAACACUAUUAUGUUGCCUGGGUCGGCCUCAAAGGCGACUGGCCGAUCCAGCAGAAGCUAGGCCAUCUCCAACGUCAUUUCUCGAGACUGACAACGAACGAGCAGGCGGGACGACCUGGUGUCCCCCUACACGACUUCUCGGAACAUGCAGCUUGGAGAACAACAUUCUUGCGAACGUCGCCGUUUGAAACGAUGGGACCUUUGGCUGACGUGCCACAGACGGCGAGCCCAGAGAUGAUGCUUCGGUAUGAUCCAUUUCAUACCUUGCACAAGGGCUGUUUUGCCGAGUUAGCCGGGAGUGGUCUUGUCAUGAUCAUUGACUAUGGGAUCCUGGGGGACGAUUCUGUUCCAAAGCAGCUGAACUCGCUCUACCAGCUGCUGCAAGAAUUCUGCACGCGAACGAAGCAUCCGCUGCACAUGGAUGGUCUGACUCGAAACCUACUGAACUUUCCGAGGGACUCCUCCUACCCAGUUGGGAGCUGGUUCAAGGCUGCAGACACCACUGCCGUCCUGGCUUUCUUAGAAGAAUUCUUCCGGAACCAUUUGGCUACUUUGGCAAAUCCUGAUCCAUACUUGGAGAGUGCGCACGAUGCCUGCGUCAACGCCAACAUCUUCCUACGCACCUUGUAUCGAAACGGGCUUUGGCUGCCUCUCCAGGCUACCACAGAGGUCGCCCAGUCCGGCUACAACUUCUUGCGAUGCUAUGCUGAAUGUGCCCAGCACGCGUACAAUCAGGGAAAAACCCGAUACAAGCUACAGCCAAAAUAUCACACAAUGAUUCACUUUGCGGAUUUCUACGGUACAGCUGCAAGGUCUCGACAGCGAUUCACGUGGAACAUUCUGGCUGAUGGAUGCCAGAUGGACGAAGACCUGGUGGGUAAGGUGGCUACGCUUUCUCGUGCUGUCAAUGUGCGUAGUGUUCACACAGACACGGUGUCUCGUUACCUGCUGAAGCUGUGGGAAGAGCCGUGA